ACUCUAAACCACCGCCUCUUUCUCCAACUGCACUGGGACAGAUUUAUGCUUCAGUUUUUUUUAAUUUAUGAACACCCGUCCACCCUGCAGCACCCCUCUAGGACGGCGUGACCGCGUCAAUGAAGUGUGAAGACGACAUGGGAAGCCCCGUGUACCCGAGAUGACCGAUGAUUUGGUCCAAAUAAUCACUUUUUUUUUGUCGCCAGAGAGGGAAACUUAAAACAAGGCUUGUUUUUGGAGUUCCACCUCCCCUCCUCUCUCCCCGUAGGAUUUGAUUCAAAGGCGAAAACCAAGAUGGCCGCCGACUCCGUGCAGGGGGAUGCCAGGGGCCAGCUGGUGGCGGAGCGACUGGGCCUGGGACACAACCUGGACCUGUCCGACACAAUGGUUCAACAGAAGCUGGACGAGAUCAAGGAGCAGAUCCGCCGCGAGAUCCGCAAAGAGCUGAAGAUCAAAGAAGGUGCCGAGAACCUGCGAAAGGUCACCACAGACAAGAAGAGCCUGGCUUAUGUCGACAACAUGCUGAAAAAAUCCAACAAGAAGGUGGAGGAGCUUCACCAGGAGCUGCAAGAGCUCAACGCCCACAUUGUGGUCAAAGACCCUGAAGAACUGCUAGAAUGCCCUUUGACCCCAGAUACUCCCAACAGUGAGAUGAGACUGUGCACCAGCAGCAGCCACCUCGCUGCCCUGAAAAGACAGAAUGACAUCGAGCUAAAGGUGAAACAGGGUGCCGAGAACAUGAUUCUGAUGUACUCCAACGGGCCCUCCAAGGAUCGUAAGUUGCUAGCGACUGCCCAGCAGAUGCUUCAGGACAGCAAGAUGAAGAUAGAGUUCAUCAGGAUGCAGAUCCUCAAGGCCAGCCAGGCCAGCGAGCUGAACUUCGAGAACAACGAUGUGAUGGACAAGCCCAUCAUCAGCCCGUUGGACCUUCGGGUGGAGGAGCUGUGUCACCACGCCAAGAUAGAAUCCGCUGUGGCAGAGGGAGCCAAGAACGUCAUGAAACUCCUGGGCUCGGGAAAAGUCACAGAAAAGAAAGCACAUUCAGAGGCCCAGGCUCGUUUUAAUGAGUCCAGUCAAAAGCUCGACCUCCUGCGAUAUUCCUUGGAGCAACGCCUCAAUGAGUUGCCUAAAAACCACCCUCGCAGCAGCAGCAUCGUGGAAGAGCUUUCCCUACUGGCGUCACCGGUCCUCAGUCCCCGAUCCAGCAUCAUCUCGGCGCAGAACCAGUACAGCACCGUGACUAAGCCCGCUGCACUCACAGGCACGUUAGACGUCAGGCUCAUGGGCUGUCAGGACCUUCUGGAGAAUGUCCCAGGUCGUUCCAAAGCUGCAUCUGUCCCGCUGCCCGGCUGGAGCCCCAGCGAGACGCGCUCAUCCUUCAUUAGCCGAGCAAAUCGAAACCGCGGUGUGAGCUCCCGGAACCUGACAAAGAGCGAGGAGCUCUCCAAUGAGAUCAGUGCAGUGUUGAAGCUGGACAACACGGUAGUUGGCCAAACAAGCUGGAGGUCGGUCAGUAACCAGGCCUGGGACCAGAAGUUUACAUUGGAGCUGGACCGGUCUCGUGAGCUGGAGAUCUCGGUGUACUGGCGUGACUGGCGUUCGCUCUGCGCUGUCAAGUUCCUGCGACUGGAGGACUUCCUGGACAACCAGCGUCAUGGGAUGUGCCUGUACCUAGAGCCACAGGGGAUGCUGUUUGCUGAGGUAACAUUUUUCAAUCCCGUCAUUGAGAGACGACCAAAGCUGCAAAGACAAAAGAAGAUUUUCUCAAAGCAGCAAGGUAAAACCUUCCUGCGAGCCCCUCAGAUGAACAUCAACAUCGCCACCUGGGGCCGCCUGGUGAGAAGAGCCAUACCUACCGUCAGCACCAACUCCUUCAGCCCGCAGGCGGCCGAGAUCGGGCACAGCAGCCUGCCUGGCUCACCCACACCCAGCAGUGACCCGCUGGUGACCAAGCUGGACUUUGACAAAGAGCCCACCCCAGGACCCAAACAUUACCCAGCAGCCGAUGACAUCCGAGAACCACUGGUGCAGGACAAGAUUCCUGACAAGGAGGAAGUACAGGACGCACUCGCCUCGUUUGAUUUCUUGAACAAGAGGAACAGCAUGGCGCUGAAGCCAGACCUGGACCGAGCGUUGGAGCAGGAGAUGCAGCAUCCAGACCUGGAGCUCAUUACCAUCCAGAAAGACACCGAGAUAAGGGAAGAAGAGCAGUUCCACUUCAGUCUCCAAGACUUCAAAUGUGUAGCAGUCCUUGGACGGGGUCACUUUGGAAAGGUGUUGUUGGCAGAAUAUAAAAGCACAGGAGAGAUGUUUGCUAUCAAAGCGCUGAAGAAAGGAGACAUUGUGGCUCGCGAUGAGGUGGACAGUCUGAUGUGUGAGAAGAGGAUUUUCGAAGCGGUCAACAGCGUCCGCCACCCGUUCCUGGUCAACCUGUUUGCGUGUUUCCAGACGCAGGAGCACGUUUGUUUUGUCAUGGAGUACGCAGCGGGAGGCGACCUGAUGAUGCACAUCCACGCUGAUGUUUUCUCCGAGCCCAGGGCCAUAUUUUAUGCCGCCUGCGUCGUAUUGGGAUUGCAGUUCUUACAUGACCAUAAGAUUGUGUACAGAGAUUUGAAGCUGGAUAACCUGCUGCUGGAUACAGAGGGCUAUGUUAAGAUCGCUGACUUUGGGCUUUGCAAAGAAGGAAUGGGUUUCAGGGACCGCACCAGUACGUUCUGUGGCACGCCAGAGUUUCUAGCUCCCGAGGUGCUGACUGAAACGUCGUACACUCGAGCUGUGGACUGGUGGGGGCUGGGCGUCCUCAUCUUUGAGAUGCUGGUUGGGGAGUCGCCCUUCCCCGGUGACGAUGAGGAGGAGGUGUUUGACAGCAUCGUCAACGACGAAGUGCGCUAUCCACGGUUCCUCUCCACCGAGGCCAUCUCCAUCAUGAGGAGGCUUUUGAGAAGGAGUCCAGAACGACGACUGGGAGCAGGAGAAAGGGACGCAGAGGAAGUGAAGAAGCAUCUGUUCUUCAGGAGCAUGGAUUGGAACGGACUGUUGGCUAAGAAGGUGAAGCCGCCAUUCGUGCCGACUAUUCAGGGCGCCAAUGACGUGAGCAAUUUCGACGAUGAAUUUACCUCAGAGGCUCCGAUCUUAACCCCGCCCCGGGAACCCCGAGCGCUGAACUCCGACGAGCAGAACAUGUUCUCUGACUUUGAUUACAUCGCCGACUGGUGUUAGCUUAGUCUGGCAUCAUGUCUACACACAAACACACACACACACACACACACACACUGUGAACCAACCAACACAGCGUUGACUGUAGCUCACAUCAAUUUUUAAAACUUUCCUCUUCCUCGCCCAAAAUGUUGAGGAGGAGCAACGAGCGCGGCUCCCUGAGCCUUCGGGCAAAACUCUGUGCCAUUGAGAAGAAAGUCCAGAAGCCUCCUGUGGACCCCCCCACUUAUUUUUUUUUUUUAAUCCACAUGAAGAACUUUUUUUUUUUUUUUUUUAAGAAAAAGAAAACAAAGAAACUCUGUUGUUGGAGAGUGAAGGAGGGGUGCUCUGUCCUCCGUGUCCAUUGUCUGACCACUGAGAAUGUUUUUCAUAUGAACUCUUGAGAAGACGGCAACAUCACAAUCAUGUUAUUCAGCGUCACUGUCUUCAGUUUAUUUCAUCUGUACAGAUUAUAUUCAGUCGUAUAUUUUUAUUGUUUUUUUUGUUUUUUUUUUUCCUUUUAUUGGCAAAGCCCUCGCCAUAGCUUAAGGACAUUUUUAUCUCACUGUAAAGUUUGACAUUUCUGCCAGGUGUUCAGUGAAUUUUGAAGUGCUCAAAGCAUUAUUGCUGAGCGGUCUACUCCAACAAACAUCCUGACUACUACUGCUGCUGCUUCUUCUUGACUUGAACUCAAAGUCAGAGUCUUCACACUACAUUUAGUUUAGUUCAGGGGCCCAGUCUUUGUCCACAAUCUUUUCUCACUUUGAUUCCAUGUCUACAUUCAACAACACUCAUAAUAAUAAUAAUAAUAAUAAUAAUAAUAUUACUCCAGUCCAUCCAGUGUUAAAUGCUACUUAAGAUGUUAAAUUAACUACCUACACUUAAUUUGGAAAUCAAUAUUGUAAAUGAGUUGAUAAUUAAAAAAUGCCUUCUGGCCCCAAAGAAUUUAUGCAAAAUAUGAAAUAUUCUUUUGUCUGGUGCCCUCUAGUGGCUUUGUAGAUAUUCAGCUGAACUCACUUCUAAAGAUCAAAGUGCUGCUUGGUAUUGCGGUAUCUUUUGGAGCAGUAAGAUCAAACAUUAAAUUAUUUUUUUCAGAGCCGAGUUCAGUUGGAUUUCAAUUUUUUUUUUUUUAAGUUUCUUGUUUUUCCUUGCUCAACGAACAGCUGUUUGUGGUGAACCUGACAGCAUUUUUCUCGUUACCUCAGUCAAAGUGAAAACACUAACAUGAGUCGCACAGUUAAAAGCUACAGAAACCAAAUUCAUCCUGUCCCCCUUGAAGCAGCAGACAAACAACUCCUCAUGGUUAAAAAAUAAAUAAAUAAAUUAUAACCUGAUUGAUGGACUGACCGUGAACCCAGUGACUGAUAAAACAAAGAUGUGUUGUGCAGAAAUCCAUAAGACACGUGCUGAUCUGGUUUGAUUUGGGAACACAUGAAAAUCCCAUUAUUCUAGGUGUUUGUCAAAAUGCCCUUUAAAUGCUUCCCACACUGUUCUGUGAUCAGUUACAUUUUUCAGUCUGGCACAGUGGAACCAGCUGACAACUGUCAAUUUGCAUGUUAUAUAUAUAUAAACUGACUCAAAUGUUGGAGACCUGUUGAUAUGAAAUCACUACAGGGGAGGGCAGGGUAUAUUAUAUAUACAUACUGUAUGUACACAAUUAAGCUGAAAGCACUAAUUUUAUCAAUAGUUUUUAAUUAUCUCCAUUUCUUAAUGAUGAAAAUAGAUUGUACAAAGUUGUUUUUUUAUUCUUUGCCUGUGCAUGUUGUUGCCAGAACAGAAAAACUUUAUGGAUGGUACACCAGCACUCAAGUCCCAACUGUUGCAGAUCACCCAAAUAGACAUUUCUGCAGUUGUUGCCCAUCAUGAAUGCACAAAUUAAACAUUUGUAAUAGUGGCUUUGUUAUUAU